GGCGAGGGCGUCUGCUGCUUCAUCCUGGCCGGCUCUGGUAGCAUUGAUGCCUUUAGAGCAUCCAGAGUGUUGCCACACUUGCUUCAUUUGAGCACCUUGAGCAGCGGCCAUUUGGGACAGGCGGACUUGAGUGGCUUCAGGGCUUGUGUGCUGCUGUGUGACCUCAUGGAGUGGCCUGCGUCUGAAGAUGCAGCGACCGAUCUUUUCUCGGCCUGCAAAGAGCUGGCCUCCAAUGGCUCGGCUGUGGCGGUCAUAGCUGUUUUCCUGUCUCCCAUCCCGGGAGGCCCCGAUCGAGACCCAGUCUCCACACAAUUGCUUCACAGUGCUGUUCUUUCAGCAGGAGCUGAUUGUGUCUUGUUUUCCUGUCCCACACAUCCGGUGACAUUCCGACAUCUUCAGGCUGCGAUUCAAGGUACGGAGGCCUGGCACGAAAGGAUCGCCGAGGCCAUUGAGAGUGCCCAGGCCAAGCUGGCACGAGCACAGGAACAGCGCUGGCAAAGGCACUAUCAGAUUGCGCUGCGGAAGAUAGUGUGGAAAGCCCCUCAAACGGUGUUCCCACAUAUCCCGCAAGAAGAUGCUACCUUGGAAGAGAGGGAGGAUGGAGUUGGAGACUUCUCCUUUGUUCGCGUCAUUGGGUCUGGCGCCUUUGGCAGUGUGUUCCUGGGGCGCCACCCAAGAUUUGGCGAUGUGGCGAUCAAAGCCCUUAAAAAGGCAUCAAUUAAGAACGUCUUUGACCUGGCGAAGGUCGAGCGAGAGCUCAGCAUUCUGAUGGGUGUCUUAGACCAUCCCAACGUUCUUGAGAUCCUGUCGUGCCUGCACGGUGCGAUGCUCUUCUGCAGCUGA